CUGUGUCUGUCUGCCUGGCAGAAGGUGUGUCUGUCUGCCUGGCAGAAGGUUUGUCUGUCUCUGUCUGUCUGGAAGAAGGUGUGUCUGUCUCUGUCUGCCUGGCAGAAGGUGUGUCUGUCUCUGUCUGCCUGGCAGAAGGUUUGUCUGUCUCUGUCUGUCUGGCAGAAGGUGUGUCUGCCUGCCUGGCAGAAGGUUUGUCUGUGUCUGUCUGCCUGCCUGGCAGAAGGUUUGUCUGUGUCUGUCUGUCUGGCAGAAGGUUUGUCUGUGUCUGUCUGUCUGGCAGAAGGUUUGUCUGUCUCUGUCUGUCUGGCAGAAGGUUUGUCUGUCUGCCUGGCAGAAGGUGUGUCUGUCUGCCUGGCAGAAGGUGUGUCUGUCUGCCUGGCAGAAGGUGUGUCUGUCUGCCUGGCAGAAGGUGUGUGUGUCUGCCUGGCAGAAGGUGUGUGUGUCUGUCUGGCAGAAGGUUUGUCUGUCUGUCUGCCUGGCAGAAGGUGUGUCUGUCUGUCUCUGUCUGCCUGGCAGAAGGUAGGUAUGUCUGUCUGUCUCUGUCUGCCUGGCAGAAGGUAUGUCUGUCUGUCUCUGUCUGCCUGGCAGAAGGUAUGUCUGUCUGUCUCUGUCUGCCUGGCAGAAGGUGUGUCUGUCUCUGUCUGCCUGGCAGAAGGUGUGUCUGUCUGCCUGGCAGAAGGUGUGUCUGUCUCUGUCUGCCUGGCAGAAGGUGUGUCUGUCUCUGUCUGCCUGGCAGAAGGUGGGUUUGUCUGUCUCUGUCUGCCUGGCAGAAGGUGGGUUUGUCUGUCUCUGUCUGCCUGGCAGAAGGUAUGUCUGUCUGUCUCUGUCUGCCUGGCAGAAGGUAUGUCUGUCUCUGUCUGCCUGGCAGAAGGUUUGUCUGUCUCUGUCUGCCUGGCAGAAGGUUUGUCUGUCUCUGUCUGCCUGGCAGAAGGUGUGUCUGUCUCUGUCUGUCUGGCAGAAGGUGUGUCUGUCUCUGUCUGUCUGGCAGAAGGUGUGUCUGUCUCUGUCUGCCUGGCAGAAGGUUUGUCUGUCUCUGUCUGCCUGGCAGAAGGUUUGUCUGUCUCUGUCUGCCUGGCAGAAGGUUUGUCUGUCUCUGUCUGCCUGGCAGAAGGUGUGUCUGUCUGUCUGCCUGGCAGAAGGUGUGUCUGUCUGUCUGCCUGGCAGAAGGUGUGUCUGUGUCUGUCUGGCAGAAGGUGUGUCUGUCUCUGUCUGUCUGGCAGAAGGUGUGUCUGUCUCUGUCUGCCUGGCAGAAGGUGUGUCUGUCUCUGUCUGCCUGGCAGAAGGUGUGUCUGUCUCUGUCUGCCUGGCAGAAGGUGUGUCUGUCUCUGUCUGCCUGGCAGAAGGUGUGUCUGUCUCUGUCUGCCUGGCAGAAGGUGUGUCUGUCUGGCAGAAGGUGUGUCUGUCUCUGUCUGCCUGGCAGAAGGUGUGUCUGUCUCUGUCUGCCUGGCAGAAGGUGUGUCUGUCUCUGUGUCUGUCUGGCAGAAGGUGUGUCUGUCUCUGUCUGUCUGGCAGAAGGUGUGUCUGUCUCUGUGUCUGUCUGGCAGAAGGUUUGUGUGUCUCUCUGUGUGUUUGAUAAAUGUUAUAUGAUACAGGACCAUUUUGAUGUGAAAACAAGUUGUGGUAAAAAGACACGACCAGACUGUUAGUCCUCUGAGACGACAAAGACAUUAUUUCAUCACCAGACUGUUAGUCCUCUGAGACAAAGACAUUAUUUCAUCACCAGACUGUUAGUCCUCUGAGACAAAGACAUUAUUUCAUCACCAGACUGUUAGUCCUCUGAGACAAAGACAUUAUUUCAUCACCAGACUGUUAGUCCUCUGAGACAAAGACAUUAUUUCAUCACCAGACUGUUAGUCCUCUGAGACAAAGACAUUAUUUCAUCACCAGACUGUAUUCGUCCUCUGAGACAAAGACAUUAUUUCAUCACCAGACUGUAUUCGUCCUCUGAGACAAAGACAUUAUUUCAUCACCAGACUGUUAGUCCUCUGAGACAAAGACAUUAUUUCAUCACCAGACUGUGUUCGUCCUCUGAGACAAAGACAUUAUUUCAUCACCAGACUGUUAGUCCUCUGAGACAAAGACAUUAUUUCAUCACCAGACUGUGUUCGUCCUCUGAGACAAAGACAUUAUUUCAUCACCAGACUGUGUUCGUCCUCUGAGACAAAGACAUUAUUUCACCACCAGACUGUUAGUCCUCUGAGACAAAGACAUUAUUUCACCACCAGACUGUUAGUCCUCUGAGACAAAGACAUUAUUUCACCACCAGACUGUUAGUCCUCUGAGACAAAGACAUUAUUUCACCACCAGACUGUUAGUCCUCUGAGACAAAGACAUUAUUUCAUCACCAGACUGUGUUCGUCCUCUGAGACAAAGACAUUAUUUCAUCACCAGACUGUGUUCAUCCUCUGAGACAAAGACAUUAUUUCAUCACCAGACUGUUAGUCCUCUGAGACAAAGACAUUAUUUCAUCACCAGACUGUUAGUCCUCUGAGACAAAGACAUUAUUUCAUCACCAGACUGUUAGUCCUCUGAGACAAAGACAUUAUUUCAUCACCAGACUGUUAGUCCUCUGAGACAAAGACAUUAUUUCAUCACCAGACUGUUAGUCCUCUGAGACAAAGACAUUAUUUCAUCACCAGACUGUUAGUCCUCUGAGACAAAGACAUUAUUUCACCACCAGACUGUUAGUCCUCUGAGACAAAGACAUUAUUUCAUCACCAGACUGUUAGUCCUCUGAGACAAAGACAUUAUUUCAUCACCAGACUGUUAGUCCUCUGAGACAAAGACAUUAUUUCACCACCAGACUGUUAGUCCUCUGAGACAAAGACAUUAUUUCAUCACCAGACUGUUAGUCCUCUGAGACAAAGACCAUUAUUUCAUCACCAGACUGUGUUCGUCCUCUGAGACAAAGACAUUAUUUCAUCACCAGACUGUGUUCGUCCUUAUUUCUAGAAGCUAACAGGAACGAAGUCUUCAGGUCUCUGGCAAAGUGACUCAUCAAACUUUUCUGUCUCCUCUCGGUCUCCGUCUCCUCUCGGUCUCGGUCUCCUGUCUCGGUCUCCUGUCUCGGUCUCCUGUCUCUGUCUCCUGUCUCGGUCUCCUGUCUCCUGUCUCUGUCUCCUCUCGGUCUCCUCUCGGUCUCUGUCUUGGUCUCCUGUCUCUGUCUCCUCUCGGUCUCCUGUCUCUGUCUCCUCUCGGUCUCCUCUCGGUCUCCUGUCUCUGUCUCCUCUCGGUCUCCUGUCUCUGUCUCCUGUCUCUGUCUCCUCUCGGUCUCCUGUCUCUGUCUCUUCUCGGUCUCCUGUCUCUGUCUCCUCUCUGUCUCCUCUCUCUGUCUCC